AUGAUAAAUUCACAAAGUGAUGAUGGUGAAUAACCUGUAUCAAGUGUGCAAGCAAUUGAAAAACCCUAAAAAUUUAGCUUAUUUGAUUUGAUUGUAGGAUUGUCAAUAUUUAGUGUUUUAUUUUUUCAAUAAUGCAUGGCUGAAAUAUUAUUUCCAAUUGGAUUUAUUUUUUUGAUGAAUGGAAUACUCUAUAAAUGUAAUAGAAGAAUUGAUUAAUUUAUGAUUGGUCUAUUUUAUGUUGUUUAAUUAUUUGCAGUCUGGGCAUUAACAUAUCAUGAUUUCGAAGAGUGUCGAAUAGGAUAUGUACUAGUCGUUAUUUACGUAGUUGUAAUAUUUUGCUUCAUUACAAGUAGCAUGAUUAUAUUGACAUGAC